AUGGAUAAUAUCCAAGAAUUAAUUGAAAAAAAAAUAUCAGAAGUUACAAAAGAUGAAGAUGAAAACAACUGUCUUGAUGUAUUAGAAUGUGUUCCUGUCGAAAUCGAAGGAGCUAUGAAAGACUUUAAAGAUAUUGGCAAUAAAUUUGAUGAAGUUAACGUCGAAGAAAUGAUAAUGCAAUUAAAUAUUGAUCAAAAACGAAUCUUUGAUACAAUUACUAAUGGUAUAUUUGAUGAAAAUAGUGACGUUUUUAGACUUUAUGUAAGCGGUGAGGGUGGUACUGGAAAGAGUUUCUUGAUAAAAGCUAUUAGAUUUUGGAUCAAAAAGUAUAUGGGAAAGGAUACGGCAAUAACUGCACCAACUGGUAUAGCAGCUUUCAAUAUUGAUGGACUUACUAUUCACAGAUUGUUUCAAUUACCGGUAGAACAUGAAAUAUUUAAUACCACCGAUUGUGAUAAUGGAUGGUUCGGCAAAAAACAUAUACUUCUUUUCGGAGAUUUAUUACAACUUCCACCUGUGCAUGAGGAUCCGCCAUUUAUUGAAUUAUCUAAACUAAAAAUUGAGAAGUAUAUUGGUGCAAUGGGAGCUGUAAAUUUAUGGUCUUUAUUUAGUUAUGAUGAAUUACAAAUUAACGUGCGACAACAAGAUGAUAAUUCUUAUCGAGAUAUAUUAACGAGAAUUCGUGUUGGAACAGUAACAGAUUCAGAUAUAAGUAUUUUAGAAACAAGGAAAAUAAAUUUUAAAGAAAUUAAUUGUGAUGGUCGAUUACAAGAAUUAUGUGAUUAUUUUCAAAGCUUACCAAUGGAUACAGUUUGUUUAAUUUCAACUUGUGCAUUAUGUGAUAUUUUGAAUACUGCAAUGUUAAGUCGUAUUUCUUCGGAUGAGAUAGAACUCGUUGCUCAAGAUCUAACAGAAUGUGCACCAUAUUUAAAAAAAAAAGUUAUAAAGAUAUUAAAUAAAGAUGAUGAAGAUAAUUCUCGAACAGCUGGCUUAGCGAGAAUUAUAACUAUAAAAUUAGGAGCACGUAUAAUGAUUAGAAGAAAUAUCGAUGUUAGUUUAGGUCUUGUAAAUGGUACAAUUGCUACAAUUACAUCAAUUAUGCGUAAUGCAUUAGACAAUGAAGUAGAAAAAAUAAAGAUAACAGUGUCAUCAGGAAUAGAGCAUAUUAUAGAACGCAUAAGCGUUAAAUUUGAAGUAAUGGAUAGAGCAUUUGUUAUAAGAAAACAAUUUCCUAUAUGUUUAAGUUAUGCUAUGACUAUUCACAAAAGUCAAGGUUUGAGUUUAAAACAUGCUGUUGUAGAUGCUGGAAAUUCUAUAUUUAGUUGGACAAAUAUAUGUCGCUUUUUCACGAGUAACUACGCUGAGUGGGUUGCAUCUUAUAAAUUUUGA